GACACAGCCACAAGUUAUAGAGAAAGCAGAAACAUGAGCAACACAAGAAUGAGUUUGGUAGCAGGUUCUUACGAGAGAUUCAUUUGGGGCUUCACUCUCAAUCCCAAAACGCAAACCUUAACUCCUCUUUUUACCUACCCUUCCCAUCUCUCACUCAUUAAAACCGUCGCCGUUUCUGGCUCCGUCGUGGCCUCCGGCGGCGCCGACGACACUAUCCAUCUCUAUAACCUCUCCGCCGCCUCCUCCCUCGGCUCCCUCAACCACCACUCCGCCACCGUCACCGCCCUCUCCUUUUAUGCUCCUCCCAACCUCCCCUACCCCCGCAACCUCAUCUCCGCGGCCGCCGACGGUUCUCUCUGCCUCUACGACGCCGAUGGCUUCGUCCACCUCAAGACCCUCACCGUCCACCGCAAGGCCGUCAACGAUCUCGCCCUCCAUCCCUCCGGCAAGCUCGCCCUCACCGUCGGCCGCGACGAGUGCCUCGCCAUGGUGAACCUUGUGAGGGGGAGGAGAAGCUUCUGCUGCAGGCUCGACAAGGAAGCGAGCUUGGUGAGGUUCGACGCCGGCGGCGGCGAUAACUUCUUCAUGGCCACGGAGGAGAAGGUCUCCGUCCACAACGCUGAGGAUGCGCGCUUGUUGUUCGAAUUGGAAUGCCCGAAUCGUGUUCUUUGCGCCGCACCUGCUAAGAAUGGACUUCUCUAUACAGGCGGUGAGGACCGAAAUAUAACAGCAUGGGACAUAAACAGUGGAAAAGUUGCAUAUUGCAUUGAAGAAGCGCAUACUGCCCGUGUAAAAGGUAUUGUUGUGCUCACUGAUAGUGAUGGUGCUACAGGGGGUGAUGAUCCAUACCUAGUGGCAUCUGCAUCAUCUGAUGGGAUUAUACGUGUCUGGGAUGUUCGUAUGGCUGCCAUGGAAAGGCCCAAUCCACUAGCUGAAUGUAAGACCCAGUCAAGGCUGACGUGCCUUGCUGGAUCAUGUCUGAAAUUCAAACGACCCCAAGCUGGAAAGAGUAAUCCAAAAAUAGAGGAUCAAACAAUGGAAGGUUAAUAGCUUUCUUGAUGGCGUGCUUGAGAAAAUCAUUUUGCAUAUUGAGAAAUGUGGCUUUCACCCUUUGGAGGACUCGACUAACAUAUCCCAUUGCCUUGAGAAAUCUAAUGCAGCUUAGGCCCAGUUGAUUCUAUUUAUCAGUUGCAGUAUUAUGAUACCCUGCUCAUCUAACUCCCCAGGUCACAUGCACGCGCAACUGCUAUCUUUUGGCCUUGAGUCAUUUCAUACUGUUACCCUUAUAAAUCUGUACUUCUGGCUGGCAAUAAUAGCCUAUUUUUGUGCGAGUUUUCUGGAAAUUGAAACAGAAAAGGUUCAUAUACGUUUAAUUUUUCGUCUUUGGAAUAUUAUAUUUUCAUGUAAUCCAUUAUUAUA